CUAAACCUGCAAAGCAAACGAGUUGGUGACAGCACUGCGUGUUGAGUGGUCUGCCUCCUGUCGACCUCGCGCCCGCAGCGCUUUCACUCUUCAAAGAAAUGCCAGUAGUCUAAGAACUGCGACAAGCCAGAACAAUGCAACAGAUUCCCCGCGUGAAGCCGCCCCCCGGCCAACCGUGCGCUGGCAGCACGCACAUGCUUGCGGGGGCAUCGGCGCUGCUACCAGGCACGCCUGCGGUACGCUCGCGCCUGGUUGCACGCCAAGGAGCUCGUCGUGGCUCUCCUACGCGGCCGUAUGACCUGGGAUGCUCGUGGAGCCCAACGCCUACGCCCGAUCCGCGCGCCGCCCAACUACAGCAGCUCCGGCUCGGCCUCCAACCUGGUGCUCAGCGGCUGCGGGUACGGACGCUGUCCUCCUCUGCCGAUGGACCCAACAGUCCAGCCCACAGCAACGACACCAGCACCAGCAACGGCAACGGCACCACCAGCACCACCAGCACCAGCAACGGCCCCUGGGAGGUUGACGACAGCCCUGUGACCGACGCCAUCUCGGCACUCAACGCGCAGCGGGCGGCCUCCAGCGCAGCGGCCGCGGCCGCAGUCAACGCGACCGUGGUGGGCAGCUGGGCAUCGGUAGUGCCGGCGGGGGCGCGGCCGGUGCCACAGGUGGCUUGGAGCCAGGCCACAAACGGCAUCAACAGCGUACGGGGCCGGCCCCACUCUCUGCGGGAGGCCUGGCGGGCAUGGCUGGCACGCAUCGCGCAGCUCAUUCAGUAUCGGCUCAUGAUGAUCUUUCGGAUGCCCACGUGGGGCAAGAUGCUAUCGCUCAUCAUCGUGGGCCUGCCGAUCGUGUUGGUGGGGUCGGUGCUGCUGCGACAGGCCACCAACCUGUCCUGGUAUGAGGCGAUGCAGUACGCCUUCUACGUGCUGCAGAGUGUGCCGGGCAUGGACAUCACGCGCUUCGACCAGGUGCAGGCGCGGGUGGUGCUGAUCGUGAUCCACCUAAUGAGCCUCUACACCUUCGCCACCAUGGUGGGGCUGCUGACGGAGGACGUGCGCCUCACGGUGGAGGAGAUACGCAGUGGCAACUUCCCCAUCCCCGCAAAUGACCACACGGUGCUGCUGGACCCCACCGACGACCCGCAACACCUCAUAGCCGUGCUCAAGCAGGUGCUGGCGGCGCGUGAGUCGCGGGGACAGGGCGUGUACGCGGGCUGCGUGGCGGUGCUUAGCACGCAACCGAAGGAUGAGCUGGACAAACUUAUUGCGGACUCGCUGCCCCAGCGAGCGGCCAGCAUCAUCGUGACGCGACACGGCAGCUCCAUGAAGGUUACGGACCUGGAGCGAGUGGCUGCCGGCGCCGCGCGCACCGUGCUGCUGCUGUCGCCCAGCCGCCCGGUGGGAGCGCUCACGCCCACCAUGCAGCAGGAGCUCAGCCUCACAGCGCUGCGCUCGCUGCAGCCCCAGCCGCCGCCGCUCACGUCCGCAGCGGACAUCCACCAGGCAGCGGCUCAGAUGGCGGCGGGCCGCGCGGGCCGAGAGGACUCCGACACGGCCUGGAGCAGCAACAGCCACACCAGCAGUAGCCACGCUAGCAGCAGCAGUAGCAGCCAUGCGGGAGAGGACGAUGGCAUGUGGCGGUGGCUGUUCGGUGCGCCGGGUGACAGCAUUGAUGAACCCGAGCUGCAGCCGGCGCAGCGGCGGCGGCGACAGCGGCGGCGGCGGCCGCACCGGCAGCAGCGGGUGGUGGUGGAGACUAUCGCGGCGGAGGGGCGUGCGGGUGCGGCGGCGUGCCAGGUGGUGGACAGCGACUCCGACCUCGAACCUCUGCAGGUGACGUACGUGUCCAGCGCCUCCAGCGCCUAUCGCGUGGUGGUGCAGUGCGCCGUGCAGCCUGGCCUGGCCGCCGUGUUCGACACCGUGUUCUGCCGCGAGCAGGACGCCAGCCUGCACAUUACGCCGCUGCCGCUGCACCUGGCGGGCCGUACCUUCGCCGACGCGCGCAGGCAGUUCCGCUUCGCCACGCUGUGCGGCAUUGUGCCAUGCGGCGCUGGAAGCAGCGGCGACGCCGGCGACGCCUCAGACUCCGCGGGCGCCAGCUCAACAGACAGCGAGAGCGAGGCCGCCGCCACAACUCGUGGCGCAGCGGCCAGCGGUCCAGCAACCGCAGCAGCAGCCGCUUCCGCUGCAGCCUCCAGCCCCGCUGGAUACACCGCGCCCUUCAACUUCAACCUCAGGAACGUGCUAGGCCUCCCUAGCAAUGGCGCCAACAGCAGCAGUAACAACAACAGCAGCAGUACAUCGGGCUACCAAGACGGCGGCGGCGGCGGCCGGAGCGGGCUGGUGAUGUUCGCGCCGCCUGACGACCGGGUGCUGCGGCGGCACGACCAGCUGGUGCUGCUGGGCAACAAGCAGAAGGACUGCUUCGCCUCGCUGCUGAACCACCUGCCGCCUCAGCUGCCGGAGCUGACCGCCCCCUACGACGGCCGCCGGGCCAUGCCGCGCAACAUCGUGCUGCUGGAACACAGCAGCAGACUUGAGAAAUCCAUGAUGGCGGCUCUGGAUGAGUUCUGUGCGCCCGGGUGUCAGGUCACUAUCGUGUCGCCGGAGCCCUGCUCGGGCCUCCCCGAGGGGCCCACGCCCCACGCUGACCUGCGCUUCCGGAACGAGGUGGGCGACCCCAUGUCCCCGGAGGUGCUGCUGCGUGCGGACGUGUUGGCAGCCGACGCCGUCAUCAUCAGCGGCGGCUACCAGCUGCCUGAGAUCGAGAGCGACGCCUUGGUAAUGGGCACAGCGCUGGUGCUGCAGCGCCUGCUGGCAAACCCUUCAGACAGCAGCAGUAGUGGCCACAGCGCGGAGGCGGCGGCGGUUGGUGCAGGGAUGAGCAGGGGCUGGCAGCCGUGGCGGCGCGCUCGCCAGCUGCCCAACAAGCCGCUGACGUUCGUGUGCACGCUGCACGACCCGCAAAACCGCAGCGUGCUGCAGCACAUCGCCGCCACGGCGUGCCGCACAGCCAUAGCCACGGUGGCCGCAGCUGUUAGCGCCUACCGCCCGCCGCCCGCUGCGGCAGCGGCGCCGGCUGCUGCUGCUGCUGCCACAGCCACGCCCCACUUCCCCGCGUCUUCCUUCUCCUCGUCGGUCCACGGGGAGCCAACCUUUAGCGUUGACCACCCUUCCGCCGGCUACUCCGUGCAGCCGCCCCUGGGUGGCGCCGGUGCCAGCAGCAGUAGCAGCGGCACCGACAGUGAGGACGGCGGUGAUUACGGCUACACGAGCAGCAGCGACGGAAACAGCAGCAGCAGCGUGCAGGGCGGCUGGGAGGCGAUGGGCGCGGCGGCUCGCGGCAUGACAAUUGAGAUUGUGGAGCCGGGGGCGCUGAUCAGCGGCAUGCUGGCGCAGGUGGGCGCCGACCCCCGGCUGGUGAGCGGGCUGGAGGACCUGCUGGACGAGCAGGGCUGCGAGGUGUACAUCAAGAGGCCCGACCGGUACGGCCUCAAGCCGCUGGACAGGUUCACGUGGAGCCAGGUGUGCGAGGUGGUGCGCUGCGCUCCCGGCGGCGACGUGGCUCUCGGUUACAUGCACCGCGGCCACCUGCACCUGGCGCCGCCGGCCGACACGCAGCUGGUGCUCGUGGCGGGAGACAAACUGGUGGUGCUGUCAGAGGGCUUCCUGUGACGAGUGUGUGUCUGUGUGCAGCGGGACACGCCACGCACAAUGAUCGCGAGGGUAUUUAGCCCAGCCCGUUGUGAUGUGCUGGGCGGGUGACAGGUUGGGUGACAGGAAGGGGCUGGUAGCUGUAGUGAAAUACCGGCAUGGUAUUUUGCAUACGUGCAUGCGAAGGUUGCAUACCGUAUGGUCAACCAGCAGAAUGUUUGAGAUUCAUGAAUCAUGAUCUGAAGUCAGGAUCCAGUGGCUUUUGGCGCGAAUGCGAUGUGCAACAGCCAGGGGUGCCCCUGGCAAGUGGCAAAAGCACUGAUAGCGCUCAGCCUUGAAGGAAUGAAGGCUGGCUGAAGCCGGCCCUGGCGCAGGCCGCCCCUUCGGCCCUUCCCUCCAUUUCCCUCCCGCCAGGGGUGCCUCCCGCCACCAGCCACCGACGAUGCUUCUAACGAUUAUAAAGCGAAACCGAGAAAGCCGAGGGCGGAAUGCAAAGCGCGGUUUGCCUUGCCUCAGCAAAGCAUGGGGCAAUUCCAGAAGGGCAAGCAAGGCGGUGUGCGUUGGUGGACGAAGGCGGAAGCACAGAGCCGGGGUGUGGGGCGGGUGGCGUCUGUGACUGGGCGGAGUUUGGUGAGGGUGUGCGAUGGGACAGGGAUAAGGCAGAUUGGUGAGUUCCAGGGUGCAGCUGAUUCCCAGACCCCAGCACAUGGCAAACAAUUUGCGACGGCAGUGCAGGAGCGCACGGCUGGUCGAACGCCUGCCGGAGUUUGGUGAGGGCCCGGAUCUUAGCAUCCGCGCCUACGCCUCCCGCGUGUCAGCGCUUGUGUCAAGUGCCAACACACCAAGACAUUCACGCU